CAGAGUGAUAUUGAUCUUCAAUAAUAUUUUUCAUUGGAUUCUAAUGUACACAACUAGUGGUUUCCAAGAAGAAACUCCAAACGGGUUUCCUCUUCUUUCGAGGUCGAUUAGAUUGUAUGCACUUAUAUUUGAAGAUCUAAUCAGGAACAGUGUGACUGAAAUCUGAAAUUGAAGUCGGAUUUGCGCCGGUUCAACUGCAAGUGGCUAAUAGAUCCCAAAGGAUUCUCCGUGUCUAAGUUUUGUAAAGCUUAUAUGCUGUGGCCAAAUGCAGAGGAAAAUCUUGAUCUUCCUGUGCGUUGUUACCUGGAUUGUUAUUUUCUUUGUGUGGAGGACGCUGUUUUGGACGCGAGCUUAUGAUACCACAAAUAUGCAGGUACUUUUCACGUGUUAUCGACUGGCCUAUAAAAGAUGACUGACUAGUAUCGACUGAAAUUGAUUUGAAAGGGCAAGAAUUCCGUGUAACCCCACACAAUGGUGAAGGUAAUGAGAAGCUUUUGGGAGUACAGGUUUGGUUCCCGUUUAAGUUGAUUCAAUACAAUUUUUCCAAUUGAAACUAACAUUACAAGAACUGUAUGGUAGACAGUAAGGAUAAUAAGAAACAAGAUGACCUAUCUGUACAUGGCGCAUUAAUUUCUAUUAUAUUCCCCAUUUGCAUUAGAUGGUAUCAGUGGGUAAUUAUCUUCAAGAGCAGAUUAGUUUAUUGAGGUGAGUCCAAAAUUCAAAUAUUUCAGUUGUCAGUGCUUUAUAAUUCUUUUAAUUAAUCUUACACCAACCUCCAACAAGGAAAAUCAAAGGAAUAAGAGAAAAGUCUUUUAAUAGCCUGACUGUAAGUCGUCUAAGAGAGAUUGGUAUCUUAUGUCUUCGUUCAAAUCCUUGAUGAAUCAAAUUUGAAUGUCACAAGAAUAUACAGUCAAAUUCUUCUUGUCAGUACCAUAAAAAUGUAUGGGGAGUAGUUUUGAGAAUAUGAAUUCUGAUGUUAGGGUGUAAAGGGUUUUAGACCACGGAUCAUUUUGUUGGCGCACAACAUUAAAGAAUGGGGACAGAAAAUGUUUGUUGUUGUGGCCUUAUUCUAAUAAUUUAUUAGAACAGAUUGUAUGCUUGGUAUAUAAAUUUUUUUCAUCCACAAUCUGACUAUGAUUUACUAAAGUUUAUGAGGAAUUUAGUAGAUGAAACUAUUCAUCUCACCAAUUUUCCCUCAUUCUUACUUUGUACCAUUGGAUGCACAGGAUGAUUAUAAGUGGAUUGGCAUGAACCUUGCAUUCACUUCCUUACUGACUUGCCAUUGUGGUUCACCUCAUCCAUUUACCUCUGUCAGUUUCCAUACCACAUCCUAGUUUUUCAUGUCGCCAAAUCAGUGUCUCUUUUCAGUAAAUCUUAUGUGCACUAUUGUGUGAAACUCAAAAACUGUUUCAAUCUGCAGUGACAAGGUGAAUGAGAGCAAAAAGGCUACUAUUAAUGCUAUGAAGACUUUCAAUGACAAGAUAAAUCAGACAGUGACUAGUUUGGAUAAGAAGGUCAAAAAGCUAGGAGAGGCAGUUUUACAGAGGCACCAAAAAGCCAAGCAAGCUCUGCAAGUGUUAAGUGAUGGAGUAAAUCAAAAUGAAGAGGAGAAAGUUGAAGAAUAUACUCCAACAACUAUACCAUUGAGGUACUAAUCUUUGAUAAGAAAAUAAAAUUUAAAAAAUAAGCAAUUAAAGUAUACUCUGUACUGGUCAGCUAAGUGGCUCACCCAGCCAGAGCUUAUCCUGAUUUCCUCAGCAUGAAGCGACUAGGAUUAUUGCAACUCUCCCCCUCCCCCCUCCUCCUUGAUGGGAUGUUAGUCCAUUGCAAGUUUACCCUCCAGUAUUUCACCAGGCAUCCAUAACAAUUUUCCAGCACCCAUUUAUAAGUCCUGAGUUGAGAGAGGCUUUUUAAGGGAGUACUGAGAUAAAGGUUUCUUUCACAAGUCAGAACACAACAUAGUGAGCCAGUCAGGUCUCAAUCCCAGACUUCUCAACCAUGAGUGACCAGUGUGCUGACCAUUAUCCCUCCAAGCCAGUCCCAAAUGUCAAGGAGAAGUGACUCCUUUGUUAUUUUAAUGAAUCUGCCAUGAUUUCAGCUUUGAAUCCAGUACAUAUUACAUAAAUCUCUAUUCAAAUCAGCACUACUUGUAAUUUAUAUCAAAUUUCAAGUGUGUCAUCUGCCCACCUACCCCUCCCCUAACCCAACAACAGUCUAUUGAUAACAUGUCAGGGUUAAUGUUGGGUUAGGGGAGGGGUAGGUGGACAGUUGCCCAGAUACUGAUAUUGAUCCGUGAAUUAAGGCCAAAAUUUUACAAGUUAAUGUAGGUUAAAUUUCCUGAAUUCCAUAUCAUCAUCUUUGUGGAAAGUUUUGAUUCUUCUUCAAUCUGAAGAAUUCUUGGCAAACUAUUAGUCCUAUCAGUAUCCCCAUGAAAUACCCACAUCUUUAUGAUCUGGUUUUUAACACACAAUUGAAGUAAGUUACCAUGCAGAUUAUAAAGUGUGUAUUAAGAAAGUUAUACCAACUAAAGUUAUGUUAAACUUACUUUUUUGGUUAAUUAUUUUGUAUUGAGUUUAAAUACAUCUGUUGAUGUAUUUGUUGAUAUAUUUACAUGUUUGAAUGAUCAUAGAACUAGGGGAAGAGAUAUAAGAUCAAGUGCUUUUAAGAAUGAAAUGUGUAUUGAUUCAGUGGAAAAGCCAACAGGAAGUGAUGUUGAAUUGUAUGAAUGCCAUGAUGAAGGAAGAAACCAGGUGAGCUUCUCUUCAUUUUGUAUGCUCAUAACUUCUUUGGCUUCUAACUCAUUUAAUUUUACCUUUUUGACACACUUAAACCUUUGGUAAAAUGAAAUAUAACAUUAUGAAUUUUCAUUUUUGGUUUGAUUACACAUAAUAAUGGCUUUUCUUAUUAUUUUCAUUUUUCGCUACUUAUUAUAACCCUUUAAUUCCGGACCGAAUUUGUAAUUCUCUUUACUGUCAUGCAUACAAUUCUUAUAAUGUUAGUUCAGAGACUUCUGUAUUGGAUCAACUAAUUAUCCAUAAAUUGACAUUUUUCUUUAUUCUCAUGACUUAUCUGGUUGGUAUUGCAUUAAUAUUGUAAGGAGAAAUUCUGUCUUGAUCACUCAUGGGAGUUUAAGGGUUAAAAAAAUACAUUCCAUUUUCUUUAUUAGAUAUGCGGUGCAAUGAUAAAUUUUAUCUUUACUUUUAAUUGAUAUUAGAAACAAGUCUGAGAAAGAUUGAAUUUGUUCUAUCAUCAAAGACCUUGAGUUAACCCUUUAACCCCCAAGAUCUCAUUAGUAAUUCUCCUUACUGUCUGCCAAAUGAUUCUCAUUAUGUUAGUUUGGAGAAUUUGGUAUUGGAUCAGUUAGUAAUCCCAUAAUUGAUGUUUCUUUAUUCUCAUCUCUUGCCUGCAUGAUAUUGUAUAGAUAUAGUAAGAAGAAAUUCUGUCUUGAUCACUCAUGGGAGUUAAAGGGUUAAAGGUUUUUGUAUUCACUCGAUUCUUUUUUCAUUCUUGAACCCCAUUAAUUACAAUUAUGUUGCAACUGAAUCACUCUUAAGAUAGAAAGUUAAACAGAAAGACAGUGUCAUUUAACCUUUAACUCCCAAGAUUUCAUUGGUAAUUCUCCUUACUGUCUACUAUACAAUUCAUUUGCUGUUAGUUUGGAGAAUUUGGAAUUGGAUCAACCGAUAAUCCCCUAAUUGACAUUUUUCUGUAUUCUGGUUACUUGUCUGCCUGAUAUCCUACUGAUGGUGUAAGGAAGCAAUUUCUGUCAAGGUCACCAGUGGAACUUAAAGGGUUAAAAGAAAGUGGUUCUUAUGGAUUUUUUUUUCUAAAUUACACUUCUAUUCUUUACAAAAAUGGGAUAAUAUAGGGAGAAACAUGAAUUUUCUUGCCUUUGAGGAACAUGAUAUUUAUGACGUCAUCAUGCUAUUCAACCUCUGAGGACAAUGUUGGAUUCUAUUUCAGGUUCUUAUGCUAUUAGUAGUGAUUAUUUUGUCUCACUGUUGUUUUCCUCUGAUAGGCUUGGGCUUUAUCAAAUGGGUUUAUCAAAAACUAUGUUCAUGACAUUUGCUUGAGGUCUGCUAAUGGUUUUUAUGGAAGCUUAGUACAGACAGCAACAUGUGAUACUGAUGACAUAAAUCAGGUAAGAGCUCAUUUCCUCUGUGACAGAUCUGCCCAGCUGAAAAGAACAUUUAACAUGCUGAACACAUAUAUGUGAUUGAGAGUAUUCAAUUGAGUGUUGUAAACAAUCUAAGAUUACAUUGUUUUUAUUUUACUCUGCUCUGUUAUUUGUUGAGAAAACUCAUGCAUCAACUAAUCAGAUGCAAAACGUAAACCGAUUACAACUUGGUCAUCCUUGUUUGCUGGGCUCUAGCCAGUUUGCUUGUUUUUUACUUUCAAUUGAUUAUUCAAUGGCUCUUUAGGCUAUUUUUCUUUGUACUGAUCGGUGUGACUUCUCUCAAUUGGUUGAAUUUGAUUUUACAGCAUUCAAUCAGAAAGCUCUCUAUCAUGUAUCAUGCCAAAGCAAUGCAUGCUUUUCAGCUCUCUCAUCCUUACAGUGUCAGUAAACCCUUUCACUCCCAAGAUCACAUGAGUAAUUCUCCUUACUUUCUGCUAUACAAUUCUUAUGAUAUUAGUUUGGAGAAUUUGGUAUUGGAUUAGCUAAUAACCCAAAAUUGAUACUUUUCUAUACUCUCAUCACUUGUCUGCUUGUUACUGUAUAAAUAAUGUAGUGAGAAAUUCUGUCUUGGUCACUUGUGGGAGUUAGAGGGUUAAGCUGAUAGUGAUGAUUUUGAAUUAAAGGAUCCUUCAGACAUCUGAGGUCAUAUUUAUUCUUGUUUGACCCUAUACACCCUAACAUCAAUAUGUAUAUUCUUCUUACUAUUCACCAUACAUUAGCUAAGGUCCUGACAACAAGAACUUGUUUUACAAUCAAAAUUAGAGUGUCUUCAGAUGUGGAUCCUUUCCUUUAUUCUCAUGACCCUAGAUUCAGGGUUAUGUUGUAAGGAGAAAUUAGAUUCUAGUCACUCAAAGUGGUCAAAGGGUUAAAGGGGUAUCACCACCAAAUGUAUUCAUCCUGGAAGCUGGUCACCCCUGGGGUCUUAAUUGUUUUCUCCCUGAUGUCUGCUUAAUUCUCAUGAGGGGGUGUUUGAUGGAUUAAUAUGCCCUAGUUGUAUUGCAAAUGAUAUUGUUAUGAGGACUUACUUAAAAAUAAGUCAAGAUACAGCAUACCAGGAAGACCAAGGUAAGUUUUGAAACAGUUAAUUUCAUUCCCAAUGAGAAAAUUUUUAUUAAAAAAUGCAUUACUAGGCCAAUCAAAAGUUUGAUUGGGAUGAGAUUCUGCCCCUCUGCAGUCCUCUUCUCGUAAUCCCCCUCACCCAUCACCUUCUCGUAAUCCCCCUCUCCCAUCUGCCUCUCCCAUCCCCCUGUCCCAUCCCCCUUUCCCUAUAAUCCCCCAAGUAGUACACUGUAAACAGCAUACUUUUUUUAUGGCAGAAAUGGAGACAUGAAAAUGGAGCUAUCAUGUUAGAGGAUGAUGAGAAUGACAAUAAAUGCCUUGAGGUCGACAUUACAACCAAGAAACUUAUGAUCAGAGCUUGUGACAGCAAGAAAGAAUCUCAGCUUUGGAAGUUAUGACGUAGGCAUUUUGGAAGAUGUGAAGCUAAUUUAGUGUCAAUGUUGAUUGAAUUUUUAGCUCUUUUUGGAGUAUAAAACAGUUAUGUUAUAAUUAUGAUAUUAAUAUAUUAGGUAGUGAUAAUAUCAACUGAACAAAUAUGUUGAUGGACAAAUGAAGAUAUUUUGCAGAAAUUUCUCUUAUUAAUGAUGACAGAUUGUAUUUUAGAAAUACAUACCAUGCAUGUAUAUUAGUUUUUAUUAUAUAGAUAUACAGCUGCCAAAGUAGCUGAAGUUCUUUGAUUGGGCUAGGCUUGCUGUUUGUUUACAUAGAAAGAAAAACAGGAAGAAAAAACACAGUUGACAAAGGCCAAUAAGGGCUAAUUAAUAUAGCUGCAUGAAAAUUCAAAGAGCAAAUAAUUCUUAGACAUAUUGCUUAUUAUAGAAAUUAUUAAUUAACUCAGGUGGUGCAGGUUAGGGUUUCUGCUCAUGGUUAUACUGAAAUAAUAAAUAUUUUAUAAUUACAGGUGGGGAAAUUUGAAGAAGAAAAAUGAAAAAUAGAAAACAAAUUACUAAUUAAGAGUAUUACUUA